UGGCGGCCGGUUGCCAUGAGGGGCAAGAUGGCGGCGGCUGGUGUGUGAGGCGGCGUGUGGCUCGGCAAGGCCCCAGGGCUCUCCUCGCUCAGGACGGAGCCAUGCAGCACGACGAUGUGCUUUGGGAUCUUAUCGGAAACAAACAGUUUUGUUCCUUCAAAGUGAAAACGAAAACGCAGAACUUCUGUCGCAAUGAGUACAAUAUCACAGGCCUGUGUAAUCGGUCGUCCUGUCCUUUGGCCAACAGUCAGUAUGCAACCAUCAAAGAGGAGAGAGGUCAGUGUUUCCUGUACAUGAAGACAAUAGAACGAGCUGCUUUUCCAUUUCGAUUAUGGGAGCGGGUCAAGUUAAGUAAGAAUUAUGAGAGAGCUCUGGAACAGAUUGAUGAGCAUCUUAUCUACUGGCCUCGCUUUAUCAGACACAAGUGUAAACAGCGUUUCACAAAGAUCACCCAAUACCUGAUCCGUAUCCGCAAGCUCAUCCUAAAGAGACAGAGGAAGCUGGUACCUUUAAACAAGAAGGUUGAACGGAGAGAGAAACGGAGAGAGGAAAAGGCUCUGAUUGCAGCUCAGCUGGACAAUGCCAUCGAGAAGGAACUGCUGGAGCGACUCAAGCAAGGGACGUAUGAAGAUAUCUACAACUUCCCUAUUCAUACUUUUGAUAAAGCGCUGGAAAAGCAGGAUGAAGAGAGUGAGACCGACUCUUCGGAAGAAGAAGAUGAUGAAGAUGUUGGUCAAGUGGAAUAUGUGGAGGGUGAUGAAAUAGACGAGAGUGACCUGAGUGACUUGGAGGACAACCUGGAAGGAGAGGAGGAGGAAGAGGAGGAGGAGCAGGAGCAAUCCAGUGAUGCAGAGGAACUGGAGAAAGAACCCUCCACAUCCAAAGGCAAAACACCGGUCAAGGGCCCAGCCCAUAAGAAGCGACCAUAUGUGGAAAUUGAAUAUGAACAGGAAACAGAACCAGCAGCCAAAGUGACGAGCUCGUGACCACUUUGUAGUGCUGCUUGUACUGAAGGUGAGGAAUUGUGUUAACUCCAUUGUAAAGACGUUGUAAAGCAAAGCAGCUUCCUGGUCUCCACUGUGGACGGGUUUCAUUGCUGCUUCCAGUUAUCAUGGCCUUGAUUGCACAAAGCAAGAACUAUUCUUCAAGAUUCUUUGUGUCAACUGUUCAUUUAUAUUUUCUCCAUUUGUUUUAAUUGUUCUCAUUUCUAUAAAACUAUGAAUAAAAGAUGGGACUGAUCUUUGUAUAGUUCCAAAAAAUGUC